AUGAACCGACUCAAAGCAUGCGAGAAAUGCCUCUUGAUGAGCGCUUCUUUCCUCCUCUGGGAAGUAGCCGUAGCGCAAGGGACGACUGCUCAAUACCACGGACAGGUCGACUUCUUCCUGGGCACCUCGGCCGACCUCGAAACUCGUGCUUCCAAUGGUUGCAAAAGCUGCCGCUGCAUACUGGGCUCUCAAAACCACGCAGAGAUCCAAAAGAUGCAUGGAGAGGUUUACGGCUUGAGCGCUCACUUUCGCCUCAAGCAGCCGCUGCUCAGCAUGGCCUGGGGUAACAUUGAUGGGGACAACGAGGAUCCCGCACAGCGUCGAGCUCAGUUUAUUAAAAUGAGGCUGGAUACGCUAUUAUCGACGAAUCCCGCUCUGGCAAAGUCCAUCACAGGUCGGGGUCGUCCGUACGAUUUGGAUGGCUACAACCUUAGUUUGAUACGGCGCUGGAUCGACCAAUGCGACAAGUGUCAUCAGUCCACUUGUUUGGGGAGGUUGGAAGCAUCUUCCCUGCCCAAGACAAAGCUCAGCCUGAUUGACGUCGAGGACCUGUGCAUAGUCACGCCGAAUGAGCCCGUUCGCUACGCAGCGCUGAGCUAUGUGUGGGGAGGUGACGUGCUGCCAAUGGCGACAAAGGCAAGCAUUACCUUUCUCCGAUUACCAGGCGCUUUCCUAAAAGGCGGCUAUCUGGAGCUGCCGGCUACGAUACACGACGCGGUACGUGUUUGCGCCAAUAUUGGAAUUCGAUACCUCUGGGUCGACAGUAUGUGCAUUGUCCAGGAUGAUCUCGAGCACAAGAUGGAGCAGAUCAAGGCAAUGAGCUCCAUCUUUGCCAAUGCAUAUCUGACGAUUGUUGCGCUGACAUCGGAAAGCGCCCAUUCAGGUCUCCCGCGCGUCUCUCAGGGCACUUCAGGUUCUGACUUGUCGCCUUUUAUCCACUUGCCCUGUCAGACAUUGGUUAAAGCCUCUCAAGGGGCUCAUGGACUUGCACCAGUAUUCCAUGCAGGUACUCCGUGGACUAAAAGAGCCUGGACUCUGCAAGAAACAGUCUUGUCCAAACGGCUUCUUUGCCUCGGCUCUCUUGCCACGUGGGCGUGUGGUGGCGCGCAUUGGACAGAAGACUUGGAGGUACUCUCUGAGACGGAGAGCUAUCCCACGGCCCCGGACGAGAGGCUCAAGCUAUCCAUUCCCGAGUGGCCAGACAUUUCUCGGUACUCUGAGCUCGCUUCUGCAUACGCGAGCCGGCGGCUGACAAUGCCCGAGGAUACCCUCAACGCCUUUGAGGGAGUCGUGGCACCCAUGAGCCAGUUUCUUCCUCGAGGCUUCUUGUUCGGGCUCCCCGAGUUUCUGUUUGACAUUGGCUUGCUGUGGCAGCACAGGCGAAGGGGAGCCAGACCGCGCUCCGGUGUGGACUGGGCCGGGAAGAAGCACGAAUUUCCGAGUUGGUCGUGGAUAUCACAUCACGGGUUCCAUUUACAGAAUUUCUGGCAGGCUGAUUACUUGUACCCGCGACCAGACUUGACAAUUUCUCCCCUCGUCAAGUGGAAAAAACAAAACAAGGCUACAGAAGAGUGGGAGGAUGUAGAAAACUCGUACCACACAGUUCGCAAGCAGCACUUUGAAGAUGCAGAAGCUGCGACACCCGAGGGCUGGACCAAGCAUACAGACGAGCACGGGCUGACAUACUAUCAAUCCUCCUUCUAUAGUCACAUCCGGCCCGUCCUUAAGUUUAGCUACCCUAUCCCGACUCUCCAACACCUUGACAACGUCCAGACGACGGCAUCUUACCAUUCUCAUUUGCGCUUCGAGGGACACUUGGCGCGCGUGCGCUUCCAGUUUCGCGGGACGGCGGAAGAGCGCGACGCGUCAAACAACAAGCUGCUGCAUGAGGCGUUGGUGCCCGAGAUGGAGAUUGUGAGCACAGCGGACGCGGCUUGGGCUGGAAGAGUACGCUUGAACAUGCAACCAGGUAGCAAGUUGCCGGAAGACGAGGAGGAGCACGAGGUCAUUGCCAUUUCCAAAGCCAAAAUCACGGUCAAUGCCGCAAAGGACCACUCAUUGACGACAGAGGCGAGCGACCGCGAUGAGAUUCGACAUGGAGAGGCUUGGUAUCAUUUUGUCAAUGUCCUCUGGAUUGGGCGGACAGAUGACGGCAAAGUGUACCGGAAAGCGCUCGGACGGAUCUGGCUCGAGGCCUGGGAGAAGAUGACGGUUGAGCAAGUAAGUCUGCUGCUGACGUAG